UCAGCAGUCAAAUACUUAUCCAGAAGCAGGUGGAGAUAAUCUCGCCGGCGAAAUCGAAUGGCGGUGGCGCUGCCAAUAUUUCCACUAUCAUUCACCGUACGAGCUUCCUCUGUCGACACUGAACAGCGCCUCCCUUACAACCGCCAGCGCACUUAUCCGAAGAAACCAGAAGCUCUGACGGCGGCAUCACCAUCUACUCCAGCCAAAAAAAAGGCGAAAAUAUCCAUUUCAGAUCUCCUCAAUCGCAACAUUUUGAAAUCAACUACUCAAGGUGAAUCUAGUGAUUCAUAUUUGGGGUAUGAAACAUGGACGCCCAAACCGCCUAGAGUGGAGAAGCCUCGUUCUACUUUCAAUUCGGCAUCACUAGCUUACUUAGGCGACUGCAUUUAUGAGCUCUAUGCUCGCAGGCACUUUUUGUUUCCCCCGCUAAAUAUUGAAGAAUAUAAUGACCGGGUGAUGGCUGUAGUACGUUGUGAGGCCCAGGAUGCAAUGCUCCAAAAACUUAUGAGUGAUAACUUCUUAUCACCAGAGGAGAGGGAUGUGCUGCGUUGGGGGAAAAAUAUUGGUUCCUCCAAAACCAAGACGAAGACGAGAGCAGGUGUGGCAGUUUACAACAGAGCAUCUUCAUUGGAGACACUUGUAGGUUACUUGUAUCUUACAAAUGUUCAACGGCUAGAUGAGAUCAUGGAAAGAAUAGGCUUUUCUACUGAUACUUCUACUGACUUAGAACAAGGGAAAGGAAAUGUUAACAACACCGUUCUUCCCAAGAUAUGACUAUCCCAUGAAAGCAACUCCAGCAAGAUUGCUCGUUGCAAUGUGUAAACGAAAGGUCCCUUGCAUCAAAAGGCCAAUUAAAGAGAACAAGUGAAGACUGUAACUGGUCCGGAAUUCUUGAUCAGGUACUUGGUUACUAUCCCCUUGCAUUGAUACCUAGAUAUAUGACAAAAAUGGACAGAUUAAAAAGUCUCAUUCCGUCACAUGGUCGAUUGAGCUUUUCCUCAAUUGCUUUAUGGAACUUUUCAUAUAUUGACAUCGACUGCUUUGUAUAUAUAUCGAGAUGAUUUGUAGCCCUGUUCUAGAAUGAUCCACACGACAUGUCCUAGGCAACAUGAGUCUUAAAUUCACCUUCUGUCCUGUAUCUAUACUCUUUUACAGACUUCUUGCUACUUGCAA